AUGGAUGAUCUCGCGAGCGUGCUUGCCGCUGCGGGCCUCAAGUCACAAGGCAAGCACACGCCGAUGGUGCCGAAGCGACCCCCAGGGGGAGGCAUGGGCGGAGGCAUGGGCGGAGGCAUGGGGGGAGGGAUGGGAGGAGGCAUGGGGGGAGGCGGAGCACCCAGCUGGGGUGUCGGCGGCGGAGGAAUCGGGGGAGGCCAGAUGGGCGGCAGCGGUGUGGGUUCCGGAUUGGGGGGAAGCACGGGGGGAGGGAUGGGUCGAGGAGUGGCCGGGGGUAUGGGUGGGAGUUCGGCGGGAGGUAUGGGAAAUCUAGGAGGUAUGGGGAAUUUGGGAAGUAUGGGAAACUUGGGGGGUAUGGGGAAUUUGGGAGGCAUGGGAGGAGGAAUGGGAGGAGCAGGAGGAGGCAUGGGAAAUCUAGGAGGUGGGAUGAACAAACCGGCUGCCGGUAUGGGUGGUGGCAUGGGUGGCGGGGGGAGUGGCAGCAUGGGUAGCGGCAUGAGUGGCGGCAUGGGAGGCGGCAUGAGCGGCGGCAUGGGUUCCUUUGGAAAAGGCAUGGCCAGUGGCGGUAGUAGCGGCGGGAGUCGCGGCGCGACCACCGGUCUGUCUAACAACGCGUUCGCGGGGCUGGGAGUGGCGGAUUUCGGGCUCGGAGGCGGAAGCGGAGCGGGCGGGAGCAAGAGCGGAGCGGGCGCGAGCACGUCGAGUCGCGGCCAAACCCCCACGAGAUCCGGGCAUUCCGGCAGAUCGUCGCCGUCCGUGACCGAGGAUCUCUCGUCAGGAUCUACCGGCGGCGGCGGCGGCGGCGGCGGGGGGGUGGCGGCGACAGCGUCGGCGUUUGACGAGCUGAUGAGCCAGGGGUUCGAAAUGCCGCCUUCGUCGUCGUCUGCGACGUCGUCGGCGAAAGAGCGGCGCGAUCCGUCGCCGGUGCCUCCUGCUCACGCGGACGACGACCUUCUGGCGGGAUUCGGUUCUGCCAAUCCCACGAGCACCACUGCGGGCCCGUCUACCUCGUUAGUGGGAGGGAUGUUUCCUGAAGAGAGAGGGAGGGAGGCCUCUCGCCCAUGCCCUCGUUACUCGUCGCAACCAUGUCUGUCACAGCUUCCCCACAUUCCCUUCCCCGCAUCCCCUUGCCCCCUUCCACCCAUCCCAUUCCCCCCAUCCCAUUCCCCCCUUCCCUCCAUCCCUCCCCCUUUCCCCCCAUCCCCCCUCAGUUCCGCCAAGCCCACGAGCACCGCUGGGGGACUAUUCCCCGAAGAGGGAGGCCCCUCGCCCAUGCCGUCGCACUCCUCCUCUGCUGCGCCCGCUGCUGCUGCUGACCCGUUUGGAGUCGACCCGUUAUUUGGUACAGGCGCCCCUGCCUCUGCUGCUGCUGCUGCUGCUGUUCCCGAUCCUUUUGAUGCGUUUGCCAUGCCUACUGCUGGAAGCGGCUCGGGAGGCUCGGGAUUAGGUAUGGAUGGGGGAGUUCCGACACAGGGCAGCGGUUUGGGAGACCAGGCUUCAGGUCCGGAUAUUGGUCUGGGUGACUUUGAGACGUUCGUGCAGCAGGUUCCCGUACCUGAGGUUCGGGAAGAGCCUCGGGAGGAGGCUCGGAAGGCGAGGAGGGAGGAUAGCGGGGAGGCGAGGGAAAGGGAGAGGGAGAGAGAACGGGCUAAGGAGAGGGAAAGGGAAAGGGAGAAGGAAAUGGAGAGGGAACGGCAGAGGGAGAGGGAGGAGCGAGAGAGAGCGAGGAGAGGAAGUGACGGGCCAGCAGGAGGAGCAGGAGGAGCGGGAGCGGCAGGAGUGGGUGGAGAUCGGUGGAUUACGGUUGAUGAGGUUAUUCUUCGAACCAACCCCAGCAGCACCCCUCCUCCGCCCUCCCGCCCACCUCCUGCCACACCCCGCCGCCCCCGGUCCAGUGCACCCUCUUAUGCUGCUGCUGGCGGUGGUGGUGGUGGUGAUGGUCCCAUGCCCAGGAAAAUGAGCUUUGAGAAUGCUGGGGAGGGAGGGGUAGCAGGGGCAGGCGGGCGCGGGUCAGGCGGGAGGGGAGGGGAGGAAGCAGGAGGGAAACGGCAGCAGUCGGAGCAGAGAGGGGGAGGAGCAGGUGGUUUGGAUGGGUUUGAUGAGUUUGCUGCUGGUGGCGGUGGGAGGGGAGGGGAGGAGGAGGAGAGGGGGGGGCCGCCUAGGAGGCGGAGGGCGGGAGCAGCGGCGGCCAAUGGGGAGGUGCCAGGUGGCGGCUCUCCAAACCUCUCUCGCCCACCCUCCUCUCCUCCUCGCCCCACCCACCUGCAGCAACCAGCGCCGCCAAAGCAGCAGCCUUCUUCAGCCGACGAUUGGGCCGACAUCCUCGGCGGGGGAGGGGGAGGAGGCGGCGGAGGUGGGGGGGCAGCAGCAGGCGCGCGGGCAGGGGGAGGCAGUCGGCUGGACGAGUUUCAGGAGGUGGAGGGCGAGAGUGAGGAGCGGCGGCAGCUGCGAUACGAGCGGUUUCAGCGCCUGCAGGAGAGAGCGGCAGCAGCGUUGGAUGAGAAGAAGAAGCGAGACAUGGACGUUCUGAAGGAGCAGGAGGACCGACACAAAGCGGGGGAGAUGUUGGAUAUUGAGAUCAAGCGGUGGGCGGCGGGCAAGGAGGGCAAUCUGCGCGCACUGCUCUCCACACUGCAGUUUGUGCUAUGGCCAGAGUGCAAGUGGGAGCCUGUGGCGCUCACAGACAUUAUCAGUGCGGCAGCAGUGAAGAAGUCGUACCGCAAGGCAGCGCUGUGUGUGCAUCCAGACAAGGUGCAGCAGAAGGGCGCCACAGUGCAGCAGAAGUACAUUGCUGAGAAGGUCUUCGACCUGCUCAAGAGCCAUUCACACGCAUUUGCGGAAGACUGGCCUGGCGGAGUUGAGCUGCUCUCCCCAACCUCGCUGAGUCAGCCUUCCCCCUCCCCCAACAGCAGCCCAGUCAGCCUCCCCUUUUCCCUUUACCUCGCUGAGUCAGCCCGCCCGUGUGCCGCAUUACCCGCCUCCUCUCUUGUUGCUCCCAUCAGCCCCGCGGGUCAACCGCUCCUGCCUCCUCAGUACGCGCCCUCCGCAAAGUCCGCCAACCGCCCCCUCCACCUACACCAUCUACACAGCAGAGAAGCUCUGUUGUGCUUACACUUUGAAUGCCCCUCUAUACCGUGCCAUCCCGGUGUCGCGCCUAUCGUGGUGGCGCCUGUCGAGGUGGUGCCUGUCGAGGUGGUGCCUGUCGAGGUGGCGCCUGUCGAGGUGGUGCCUGUCGAGGUGGCGCCUGUCGAGGUGGUGCCUGUCGAGGUGGUGCCUGUCGAGGUGGCGCCUGUCGAGGUGGUGCCUGUCGAGUUGGCGCCUGGCGAAGUGCGGCCGGCGGGCGAGCCAAACCAAUGCCGGCUUGCUGGCCUGCGCGUGACAUCGUCUAUUCAAACCACGGCGGGCGAGUCAAAUUCGCACAACAGUCUUUCCCAUCCGUCCACUCAUGGCAGCGCGCGUCCCCUUCCUAAUCCCGCGUACUACGGGCAGGCGGGGCAGCCACCGCCGGGGUACUACCCUGCAGCAGCCGCCGCUCCCCAGCAUCACCCCUACAUGUGGGGGCAGCACAUGAUGACGCCAUACGGCCAGCCUCCCCCCUAUGGCGCCCCCAUGUAUCCCCCUGCUGCCAUGUACCCGCAGGGCGCGCAGCCCUAUAUGGGAUACGGCAUGCCGUCAGCGACUGCAGCAUCAAUGGACGCUUCUUCGGCCAUGGCGCCAGGCAUGGCGCCAGUGGCAAUGCACGCGGAGCAGAGGGAUGGGGGAGGGGCGGCAGCAGCAGCAGGCGCAGGGGGAGGGGGAGGCGGGGGAGUGGGGGAAGAUGGAGGGGGCGCAAAGGCUGGGGAAGGGGGGGCUAUGGGCGCGGGGGGAGGGGGAGGGGGAGGGGGAGGCGGAGGCGGAGGGGGGAUGGGACCGGGGGGCGGGAUGACGUCAGAGGGGUCAAAGCUGCAGUCAGGGAAUGGCGUGUUCUCCACCAG